AUGUCAGUCACCUCUCGCCAUUAUGCUACUCCAGAAGUGGUUCAGAUUCCAGUUUUGACUCAGCCAAUAAAAGACUCAAGGUCAUUCAUUCACUUCAUUGCAGGAGGUGCAGCUGGCUUGGCAGGAGCAGUAUGUACGUCUCCAUUGGACGUAGUAAAGACUCGUCUUCAAUCUACAUUUUAUCAACAAAGCGCUCUCAAGCGUGCGGGGAAACAAACUUUUUUGUGGCACCAUUUUGCAGAAACAGGUCGAUUAUUGAUCCGUAUUCAACAAGUAGAAGGAGUACGAGGAUAUUUCAAAGGUCUUGGACCAAACCUAAUUGGUGUUAUUCCUGCAAAAUCUAUCAAUUUCUUUGUGUACAGCAAUGGUAAAAGGCUUUACAGUGAAAUAAAUCAUGGAAAAGAAACUCCUGUCGUACAUUUGGUUUCAGCAGCCACUGCUGGUAUUGUGACAUCUACAGCUACGAAUCCUAUCUGGGUGGUCAAGACACGUCUUCAGUUACAGAGUACAACAACACGACAAUACACCAGCUCCCUAGACUGUCUACUCCACAUCUUUCGACAGGAAGGCAUCAAAGGUUUCUACAAGGGUAUGAGUGCAUCCUAUCUUGGUGUGGUGGAGGGUACGAUCCAGUGGGUUACAUAUGAGCACCUGAAGAAAAGAUGGGCAAUUUCUGCUUCCGAAAAGGCACUACAGAGUAAAAAGAGGACAGUAGGAGGAAAGAACCUUCAAGAAUGGAUGGGUAAUCUUGGAGCAGCGGCAAUUUCAAAAUUGGUUGCAGCCUGUAUUUCAUAUCCCCACGAGGUGCUUCGUACUCGUUUGCGACAACCGGCAGAAGGAGGAAUUCACAAGUACAAAGGCGUCUUUCAGACACUAAAACUCGUAGUCAAAGAAGAAGGAGUGGUUGCUUUGUAUGGUGGUAUGUCAGCACAUUUGAUGCGAGUUGUUCCCAAUGCAGCCGUCAUGUUCUUUUGCUAUGAAGCCAUAAUCCACACAUUUGGAAAUCAAGCAACAGAAUCACAAAAAGUACAUCUUUAA